AUGGACAACGAAGAAGGACUUAUGGUAUCCGCUAUAGUUUUUGGUGUUGUCGCCUACCUUCUGAAUACUGGUCGUGGCUUACAAGCCAUGAAGUUAGGCAAAGAAUGUUUGAUUUUUCUAACCUCCAAAGCACGGAUAAAAGAAUACCACUGGUUUUACGGAGCAAUAAAUUUGCUAAUGUUUGAUGCGGCAUACAAGGUCUCCAAUUACACAUCUGCAGAAAGGUAUGCGAAGGAACUUCUUAUCAUAUAUCACGCCUCUAGUGACACACUUAAGGAAGGGAGACUAAGCUUGGUACUGGGACAGAUAUAUCAGAAACAAAAUGAAUUUGAAAAGGCAAGAGAAUACUAUCAAAAGGCAGCUGAUAUAACAAGAAGUACUGGAGACAAACAAACAGAGGAACGAUGCUACAUAAUGAUAGGAAAUUUAUUUAAUUCACUGUGUGAAUAUCACAAGGCUGAGGAGUAUUACAAGAAAGCACUGACAAUCACUGUGUCAAAUGGCGAAAGAGAUAGGGAAGCAACCAUUUACGGAAACCUAGCACUAGCAGUGAGAAAGGAAAUUGGCGACAGAGAAGGAGAAGCAGCUGACUACGGAAACUUAGGAACACUGUUUCACUCUCUUGGUGACUACAAAAAGGCUCAAGAAUACACCGAGAAAGCACUAGCAAUCAGAAAGCAAAUUGGUGACAGAAAAGGAGAAGCGACUGGCUACGGAAACUUGGGAACACUGUUUCAGUCGUUUGGUGAAUACAAAAAGGCUCAAGAAUACACCGAGAAAGCACUAGCAAUCAGAAAGGAAAUUGGCGACAGAGAAGGAGAAGCAGCUGACUACGGAAACUUAGGAACAUUGUUUCAGUCGCUCGGUGAAUACAGAAAGGCUCAAGCAUACACGGAGAACUCACUUUUAAUCAGAGUGGAAAUUGGCGACAGAAAAGGAGAAGCAGCUGACUAUGGAAACUUAGGAGCAUUGUUUCAUUCGCUCGGUGAAUACAGAAAGGCUCAAACAUACACGGAAAACGCACUUUUAAUCAGAGAGGAAAUUGGCGACAGAGGAGGAGAAGCAGCUGACUACGGAAACUUAGGAGCAUUGUUUCAUUCUCUCGGUGAAUACACAAAGGCGAAAGAUUUUACUGAGAAAGGGCUGGCAAUCACAAAGGAAAUUGGUGACAAAAAGGGAGAAGCAGCUUUAUACGGAAACUUAGGAGCAUUGUUUCAUUCCCUAGGUGAACUUGAGAAAGCCGAAUUUUAUUUUCGCGAGGCUCUCUUAAAGUGCAAAGGCAUUGGAGACAGCAUGACGGAGUUUAAAGUUGUUUGCGGUCUAACAGUCUUGGAGUUAGCUCAGUUUAAUCUCGAAGAAGCUUUUUCGUAUCUUUUUCAAUCUAUUGCAAAAUUUGAAAAAUUGCGAAACUUUGUAAAAGGCAACGACUACUUCCAAAUAUCUUUGUUGGAGAAUUAUGGCGUCUUUCCCUAUGACAUGCUGAUUAAAUUGCUCUCUUUUAGCGGAAAUUUUACACAUGCUCUUUACGUUGAAGAACUUAGACGGGCAAGAGCUCUAGCGGACUUGAUGACAUCUCAAUAUUCUGCCAAAGAGUUUCAGUUUUCAGGUGAUCCGCGAUCAUGGUGUGGAAUCCAUCACAUUAUGAAAGGAGAAGGCAUCUGUAGUGGUCUUUACCUUUCGGUUGAUGAUGAAGAUGCACGGAUUUGGAUUCUCAAAACAAGCGGAGAGAUUCAUUUCCGUAGAAAAAGAUUGGACUCAGAUCGUCAGUUUGGAAAUGCCGGUUCAGUUCCCGACCUGAAAGUGUUUUUUUCGGAAAGUUUCCUCCACUUUGGCAUUCUACCUAGAGAUGUUUGCGAAGAUCGCUCUUUAAAUGACGAACGUGUUCCAACAUCAUCUGAUGAUGUCAACCGAUCGCCUUCAACACACAAUAAUAUGAAAAAAAAUCUUCGUUUGUGCUACGAAAUAAUCGUCGCUCCCGUGGCUGAUUUAUUAAAAGAGCCUGAAAUUAUCAUUGUCCCUGAUAGCUGCAUGUACCAAGUGCCAUUUGCAGCCUUAAUUGACGAAGGAGGAAGAUAUUUGUCUGAAACAUUCAAGAUUCGUAUUGCUCCUUCUUUGACCACUCUCAAGCUUAUUAAGGACAGUCCUCCAAACUACCACAGUCAGAGUGGGGCUCUCAUAGUGGGUGAACCUGAGGUAAGCAAAGUGAUUUACAAGGGGCAACCGAUCUUCCUCGAGCCAUUACCAGGUGCAAGAAGAGAAGCUGAGAUGAUUGGAAAAAUGCUUGGCGUCCCCCCAUUGUUAGGGAGACAUGCAACAAAGAAGGCGGUUAUUGAACAGAUGAAGUCAGUUGCGCUGAUACAUUUUGCUGCUCACGGAUAUGCGGAGAGAGGAGAAAUCGCGCUUUGCCCUGUUAGUACUACUAAUAAUAUUCCACAAGAAGAAGAAUACCUCUUGACAAUGGCUGACGUAUCAAAAGUUCAACUUCGAGCUAAACUGGUUGUUCUAAGUUGCUGUCACAGUGGACGCGGAGAGACUAAAGUCGAAGGAGUCAUUGGAAUCGCUCGGGCGUUCUUGGGAUCCGGUGCUCGCUCGGUGUUAGUGGCGCGGUGGGCCUUGAACGACGAAUCGACAGAACAGUUCAUGAAUCGUUUCUACGAAUUCUUGUUUCGUGGUGAAAGUGCCAGCGAGUCUCUUCACGAGGUCCGAAAGUGGAUGAGAAAUAACGGCUUUCCUGAAGUGGAGAAAUGGGCUCCGUUCAUGCUGAUUGGAGAUAAUGUCACAUUAAGGAAAGAAGACAUAACCUCCAACGCUCACAACUGAUUUGCAAAUCCUGUUUCCUGAACAAAGCUGACUCUCAGUCAAGACCCUAAUCUUUGUCUCUACCGUAUGAAACGGAACAUAUCGUUUGAUAUCACAGAAGCAUUUGGUCAGUUAAUUAGUUAUAAAAUAGAAUUUUGGGCUUUCUCUUUAGCAGACAGGCACGCUUGUCAUUUAGAUGUCAGGGGUAAUCUUCGUGAGGAGCCCUUCAUUGUAGAUACAGCCAAGGGAAUAAUUAACAUUUGAAUAAUCUAAAAAAGUUUUCAUUAUGAUUUAUGAGCCAGAUAACCUUCUUUAGCCUUUCUUUUAAAGAAAACAGUUGGUCAUAUAGAUAUUUAGUGUAAUGAAAUUUUUUUGGAGGUUUUACAAGAUAUAUUUUCAUUUUAUAAAGAAGAGGCCUUGAAAGACUGGAACGAGCCUUGGGAUUGAUUCUUCGAAAAGGUAUCGUUCAUUUAUUCAGCAAGUCAUUGUAGACUUUUUAGAAUACUUCAGAAGUUAACCUCAUCUGAAUAUCAAUCAUGGGGCCAAAAAUGUUAUUUUGUCCAUCCAACUGCCAUUUUUUUUUUUUUUUUUUAUGAUCGUACUCGGUCAAAUUUGAGUUUCCAGUAUCUCGAAUGAAAGAUAGUCAUUGUAGACCCCUUUGUAGGACUAGUUCCAAGAGGGAAGCUGAUCCCAGUCGUAUAUAUCAAAUAAGGGGGACAGAAAUUCAAUUAGAAUGUUCCAUUAUCUUUUUCGAAUUUUGUUCAACAGGUCACUGGACUAGUCUUGUAAUCGGUUAGAUUUGAAUUUCCGGUAUCUUGAAUCGAAGAUAGUCAUUGUAAAACUUUAGAAUAUUCAAUCAUCAAAUACACGUUUUGUUUAUGAACAGGUCACUGGACCAUUCAUUUUGAUGGUAAUCGGUCACAUUUGAAUUUCUUCUCUUAAAUAAAAGCUCAUCUUACCUCCAGAUAAUUUUUUUGGUAUUAAUUUCGCUUUGUAGGAGUUAAGUCGAGAUAAUUUUUAGCAGCAAAGCCGUGUAUUUCGUGGCAUAUAUCAACCCAAUUGCUAGAAAGAAAAACAGGGCUGCAGUAUUUUAUUGUUCACAUGAAAACUAUGUUACAAGCGUUAAUGAUUUUAAACAUUGUAAACGACACUUGAUACAAACUGGGAUAAACUUCAACAAUUUCGAGUUGCUGUUUUUCAUUUCUACAUGAAUGCGCAUGCAAUCCGACAUGACGUUAUCAGUAACAGGGGCACAACCGGAAACGAUAAUGCAUCCGUAAAUGUAUGAAUUGGUAAAAUUGUCGGACAAAAAUCGAACCUGGCUGUGAUACCUCCGCACAAAUCCAACCAUGUCUUGCUCUGCAUUUAUACUUAUAUUUCCUAUUCGUCAAAAAUAUGUUGUUUUUAGACAAGAUAUUUAAAACAUAUUUAAACAAUAAAAAUCGUUCACGUUAAGUUUCGAAAGUUUGUCUGUGUUAUACCACGGGGGUUUUCAAUGUUUUCAAAGAAAAAUUCGGUUAACAAAAAACUAUGAAAAUGUUAUUUAUCUUAUAAUUCGACGUGGCUGUAUUUCCUCUGUCUUCUUCUCGAACAAAAGUUACAAGUUCCGUCAGUUCAGACGUUUUUGCUUUGAGUCACUGUAAAGAGCAUUAUUUGCCAGCUGAAAUGCUGUAGCAGCGUGUUCCUUGCAGCCUUCAUCACAAUCACUUGGUAUGUUAAUUGCGACAUUGACUUGAUGGUGGCUUUCCUGUCGCUGCUCGUGAAUUUAACCUUUUGAUAAUGCACUCCAAACGUAGGGAUACCGCUGUUUUGAAACCCAAGAUUCAAUCCAAAACUUUCCGAUCUGCUUGUUUGACUGCUUUUUUCCGUCUUCACGUCUUGUGCAAUUGUCACAACCAAAUUUUUUUUCUCUGUACGAGUUUGUUCCGGAUUGUAAAUAACUUGCUUCGUUUCCGGAUCAAACAUCGCAGGCACAAGCUCACAAGAUGCCACUGGAACCCUUCCUUGUCCAAACAUGCAUAGGAGAACGACGAUUUUGAACCACCAAAACUCGGAGAGCGAAAGAGAAGCCAUUGCUGGCAACAGAGUAAUGACAAUUCUUG